AUGCAUACACACACAUGCAAAAGUACGCAUUAUAAUUUUGAUGAAGUGGAUUUUAUUUCUGUAUUUUGAGCGGCAUUAUACGUGGCAGUUUAAAUUUUUUUUUAUUGAUUAAUUUCAAAAUAGAUCUUGUUUAACAUUCCAAAAGCAAAUUAGAUAAUCGAAUUGAAAAUGGAAAAUCAAAUUAAUAAUCAAAAUGUUAAUGAAAAUCCGAAACUAAUUGAUUUAUUAAUCAAUCAUACUGAACAUCGUUGUCAAAAUGGGGAGAAAUUGUUGAAAAAACUUCGUAAUAUUCAAAAAGAAUGUCAUAAAAUUCAAUCGAAAUCGAAUCAAACAAAACUUACAACAACAAUAACAACAAAUAUUGAACAGGAUUCAAAUUCAAUCAAAAAUAUUCAAUCAUAUUCUGAUCAUCAUCAACAACAAACAAAUCAAUCCAUGCCGUCAUCAUCUAUAUCGGGUAUUCAAUUAUCACAAAAUAAUCAAACAAUAACCACCAAGAUCAAUCAUACAAACGAUAGUUUCAAACGAAAAUCUAAUCAUAAUGAAAUUGAAACUGCUAAUAAAUUGAGGAAACAAAUUUCCAAUUCCGAAUCAAUCGAUCAGAAUUAUCGAACAGCCACCAUCCAACGAUCCGUUCAACAAAUGAUUUUAUUUAAAGGUGUAGAUAAAUCUAUAUCAUCUGAUAAAUUACCUGAAAUUAUAUCAAAAUCGAAUCGGCAAAUAAACGAUUACCUUUGUUCAAUGAAUCAGAUUCCUUCUGAAGCCAUACAAAUUAGAUUCUGGAGAAAAAAUCAAAAAUCAUCAGAUUUAAUUGAUUAUGUUGUACAAGUUGAUUGCCCCAUACGUACAAUUAUCAUGCGAAAUCUGGAACGUAAAAUAAUCAUCAACAAUGAAAAUGUUCAAACAGUAGAUUUUCCUAUCCGAUGUUAUAACUGUAUUGGUUUCAAUCAUAUGUCUUUUGACUGUCAAACUGAACAAAUUUGUUAUCAUUGUUCUGGCUAUCACAGACAUCAAGAUUGUUCUAAAAAGAAAGAACCUCCAAUUUGCUGCAACUGUAAAGCCGAGCAAAUCAGAAAUCAAAAGCCACAUAAUCCUUAUGAUUUAACAUGUCCCAUAUUUCAACGUAUGUUAGAUCAAGCUAUUUCUCAAUUUAAAAAUCGAUACUAACAAAAAUUAACAUUCAAAUUAAAUUAAAACAAAAU